GUCGCUUAAAGUGAGCUGAGCCGCCAGGUUUCCCUUGUCUUUGACUGGAGACCAUCCGAGGGACGAUAACAGCAUCCGCUGCUGUUACUCAGCCUCACAUCUCAAUGAGCUGCUCCGCAAGAAGCCACUGAUCGUGCCUCCUGCUGCCGGCAGGGCAGAUACUGAUCAGUGUCUAGACCUGCAGCUUUUCUUUUCCCUUAUGAGAGUAUUUUUACAGGCUUUUUUUACAUCGCCAAGUCGCCCACUUCCUUGUCCACCAUGGUGCUCGGAAAGGUGAAGAGCUUCACUGUAAGCUUCGACUGUCUCAACGACAGCAACGUCCCCGUCUUCUCCAGCGGGGACUGUGUCUCAGGGAGGGUGGUUGUCGAGGUGACCGGGGAGAUCCGGGUCAAGUCUCUGAAGAUCCACGCCAAAGGAUUUGCAAAAGUUCGCUGGACUGAGUCAAGAAACGCGGGCUCCAACACAGCCUACACGCAGAACUACACCGAGGAAGUGGAGUACCUGAACCACAAAGAUGUUCUGAUCGGGCAUGAGCGAGACGACGACAACUCUGAGGAAGGACUCACCACUAUCCAUUCAGGAAGACACGAGUAUGAAUUCAGCCUGGAGCUUCCACAGACACCUCUGGCUACCUCCUUUGAAGGGAAGCAUGGCAGUGUGCGCUACUGGGUGAAGGCUGAGCUCCACAGACCGUGGCUCCUGCCCAUGAAGACCAAGAAGGAAUUUACAGUCUUCGAGCACAUUGACAUCAACACUCCAUUACUGCUGUCUCCACAGGCCGGCACCAAAGACAAAACUCUUUGCUGCUGGUUCUGCACCUCAGGUCCAAUUUCCCUAAGUGCCAAAAUCGAAAGGAAGGGAUACACACCAGGAGAAUCGAUCCAGAUCUUUGCCGAGAUCGAGAACUGCUCAUCCCGCAUGGUGGUGCCAAAGGCCGCCAUCUACCAAACUCAGACAUUCUAUGCCAAAGGGAAGAUGAAGGAGGUCAAGCAGUUGGUGGCCAACCUGAGAGGAGAGUCCCUGUCGUCUGGCAAAACAGAGACGUGGAGCGGCAAGAUGCUGAAGAUCCCCCCGGUGUCGCCCUCCAUACUGGACUGCAGCAUCAUCAGAGUGGAAUACUCUCUCAUGGUGUACGUGGAUAUUCCUGGGGCAAUAAACCUGUCGCUCACCCUGCCUUUAGUCAUCGGAACCAUCCCCCUGCACCCCUUCGGUUCACGCACCUCCAGUGUCAGCAGCCAGUGCAGCAUGAGCUGGCUGGGCAUGGGUCUGCCUGAGAGACCGGAAGCUCCUCCAAGCUACGCUGAGAUCGUGACAGAGGAGCAGAGGCAGAGCAGUCUGGACACACCAGGAGCUCGCGACGACCUGAACGGGCCUCUUUUCGCCUACAUCCAUGAGUUCCGCUUCCAGCCUCCACCUCUGUACUCUGAGAUCGAUCCAAACCCGGAUCACGCCGGACGCACCGAGGAGCGCAGGCUCGACACCUGUCCGUCACGCUGAGGCUCCGACUCCCCAGACUCAUUUGGAGAUCCAGAUGGAAUCCAUGUGCCGAGCCUGUUCCUUUCUCUCCAACAACAGCGUUUGAGAAGCACUGUUGACAGCCAGAGAAAAACAAAGUGUCCUCCCAACCAACAAAGACUGCCGCAGUGUUGGACGGAACAAAGCUGGUCCAGCCGCCCCUCAGAGACAGAAACCGGGGCGUCACUUCUUUAUGGACGUGUGGAAUCAUGCAGACAAACCUAAUCUGCAUGAAACUACAAAACCCCACAAGUAGUCCUGAAGAGAUCUCAGUGGCGUGGAAGAGGAUCCGCAUGCCGAGCUCCUUCUCUUGCACCCAUGGCACAUAAGGACAUGGCUCCUCCCUGAGACGACGCGACUCAUGAAGUCACAUCCACCCAAGGAAAUGGGACGUCGAGAAUUCUGUCGCCGACAGAGCAAGAAACUUGGAUGCUCCUGCCUCAUUUGGGAUUUUGUUUUGCACAUUUUGUUAUUUACUCGUUUUGUGUGGCUCUGUUUUGAUGAGAAAUCACUAAACGGUCUGGCCUCAGCGUCGUAGUGGCCCAGACCAAGACUGCAAGCUCAACUUUACACAGAGAGCAGCAGUGGGGGAGACUGAGAAAGACGAGAACAAUGCACUGACUUUUGUUUUGUUUUGUUUUUUUUGGGGGGGGGGGACAAUUUUCAUUGUGAUUGCAAGACAACAACAGCACACUAUCGUCGCCUGGAUGCUCUCUAAGACUUCUCCGCUUUGAUCCGAGUGUGGCUUCCCUUUUUUUUUUUUUUUUUUUAAACGCUUUUUAUUCCUGCUUCCAUCCUGAAAAAGUUUGUUGCCUUCAUUGUGUUGAUGAAGCUCCAGAUUCUGGACUAGAGGGGUUGCAGACCCUUCUGUGCCACCAACUGAAUGUGGCACAUGAAGGUGCUCAUGUUGCUAGCAGCCCUUCUAACUCUGAAUUUUGGGGAUGGCUUCGCUUGCAUAGCUGCCCUAUAGCAAGGUCUCAGGUGGGCUUUUCACUUGCCAAACUGUUGGAGUUUUUUUUUUGUAAUUGCACUGUCAUAUGAAGUUUCCAAAAAUGUCGGUAAAUAACAUCUUUAAAAAGAUAAAUGACAUUCCCUUUUAGCUGCGCUACACUUGUCCAUCUUGUCCAGCCAAUAGUUGCCAGACCAGUGAAGCCAAAAUGCUUGUAACAAGUGAAAGAAAAAAAAAAACUUAAAGGAAGGCACUGAUCCAGCCUAAAUUACAAGCUGGGAACGUUGUUAAGCUUCUGUUCACAGUGGUCAGAACAAGUAGAAGUAGGUUCGACAUGAGUAAUACAUUGGUUUUCUCACUCAGUCAACACAGACCAUCUGAACAGAAGUUUACCAAAACCCAAGGAAAGAAAACAGAACAGCACUUUUUUUGAAAGACGCAUUUUUGGCAAAGGUCUGAGCUACCCAGCAUUUGUACUAAUAUUGUUAGAGAAUUGCUCAUAGUGCAUUCUUUUGUCCUUUUUUUAAGUUUACAUGUAGCUGACACGUUUGUAUGUGAAGUCUGUGUGCGUUUGUGUGUCGACGCUCUUACGGAGAUCCAGCCGGCGACUAGAUCUACUAUUCUGAUGGCAAAAGACAAAACUAAAGAUCAUCAAAGUGAUCUUAUCUUAGUGGCCUUGACUAAAAAACAAAAAAACUUUACGUUAACUCCUGCUGUAUCUUUUCUGUUUGUUAUUUUCCGCGUUUGUUUAUAGGACAAAAAGGGAAGAGGGAAUGAAACUAAAAUGUCAGAUUUCAGUUGAGGCUCAGUAAAUGUUUAUCCUUUGUGUCUAUUCCUGGGCUGAGUUAGCUUCUUAGUUUGAUGAGCAGCAUGACUGAGUCUGCCCUCCUGACCCCCGCAGUGGCCCUCUGGCUUCGGUGGGAGCAGCUGUUGAUCAAACCCCCUCCUCUCCUGACAAAGAUUUAGUUAAACGUGGGGGUGCAGACAAACAGCACUCUCAGCAGUAAGCGUCUCUCCUCUUACUUCUCUGCAGUUGUUUAAGGAACAGCCUAGCAAGCUACGCGUGAAUGAAUAAGCUCGCAUUUGUUUCAGGUUGGUGAAUUCCAUAGUGUGUUUGCAUGGGCCGCCGAUUUGUCCAAUGUCAAAACUAAGCUAAACUCCUGACCUGAUCGAGACAGGAGCUGAAAUGUUCAGAUGCAAAUGACAUUUUAGAAAAAAAAAAAGUGCAAUAUCGCUCAGAUUAUUUUUCUCCUUCUCCAUUUGUAUGUUUUUACCGUUAUUUUUGUCUGUUAAUCAUAACAGUGUAUGGAUAUUCUAUGAAUAUACAGUGUUCUGAAUGAUUUAAACCCUUUGUCUAGCUCUUCCUUUUUGAUUUGAAUAAACAUUUUUUUGUUUAAAAUUA